AGUUGCCACUCCAGCUCUUGGGUUCAUCCUCUCCGUGGAGGCUGGACAAAUGUCAGAUGAAUGAGCGGGACUUUCGAGAUCUCCAGAGUCUGUAAAUUGGCCCAGCCAUCCCUCCCGCAGAAUGCCUGAAGGCCCAGAGUUGUACCUGGCCAGCCACUUCGUGAAUGAGACAUGCAAGGGACUGGUGUUUGGUGGGUGUGUGGAAAAGUCCUCUGUUAGCCGUAACCCCGAGGUGCCCUUUGAGAGCAGUGCCUACAAUAUAUCGGCCUCAUCCCGAGGCAAGGAGCUACGCCUGAUGCUGAGCCCCCUACCUGGGGCUCAGCCCCCUCAGGAGCCACUGGCCAUUGUCUUUCGCUUUGGUAUGUCUGGUUCCUUCCAGCUGGUGCCUGCUGACUCACUGCCACCCCAUGCUCACCUACGUUUUUACACGGCUCCACCUGCCCCCCGGCUUGCCCUGUGCUUCGUGGACAUCCGUCGCUUUGGUCACUGGGACCCCGGGGGUGAAUGGCAGCCAGGCCGUGGACCCUGUGUCCUGCUGGAGUAUGAACAGUUCAGGGAGAACGUGUUGCGAAACUUAUCCGACAAGGCUUUUGACCGGCCCAUCUGCGAGGCCCUCUUGGAGCAGAGGUUCUUCAAUGGCAUUGGCAACUAUCUUCGGGCAGAGAUCCUGUACCGGCUGAAGAUCCCUCCCUUUGAGAAGGCCCGCACAAUUCUGGAGGCCCUGCUGCAGCGCCGGCCGAGCCCAGAGCUGACCCUGAGCCAGAAGAUCAGGGCCAAGUUGCAGAACCCAGACCUACUGGAGCUGUGUCACUCAGUGCCCAAGGAAGUGGUUCAUCUGGGAGGCAAAGGCUACGGGCCUGAUAGUGGAGAGGAGGACUUUGCUGCCUUUCGGGCCUGGCUGCAGUGUUAUGGCGUCCCAGGCAUGAGCUCCCUGCGUGAUAGGCAUGGCCGCACCAUCUGGUUCCAGGGUGAUCCUGGACCACUGGUACCCAAAGGGGGCAAGUCUCGGAGGAAAAAGAAGUCCAAGGAAAUGCAGCCAAGAGCUGAGGACGAGGAUGCAACUGAGGACCCUCUACCUCCAAGCAAAGGCCUUCCCAGAACACCAAGGGCCAGGAGACAUCGUUCUAAGAGUGCAGCUCAACAGUCUGAGGGGACCAGCCUCCCUCAGGACCCAGAAGCUCCCACAGGCCCUGGCAGAGGCAAGAGGAAGACGCGACAGGCAGCUGCGGGCCGGCUUUCCUCAGCACCCUCCCUGGGCUGAAACGAGGGACCUCAGAGAGCAGUGCGGGAUGUGUGGACACAGGAGGGAGGCCAGCUGUCUCACCCGCUCCCCCAGCUUGCCACAGACCCUGCGAGAGUAAGGCUGACACUGCAUCCAGGGAGCGUGCUGUGAUUUCAGCCUUUCAGCAACAGGGUGUCCUGGCUUGUGCCCUCCCGCUGCUUUGCUAUGGUCCGGGUCCUGUCUGAAUUCCUGGCAGCAUUGAAAGGCCGUAUGCUCCAGGCUCUGCGGCUAUUCUCCACCCAA